AUGACGCGCAUUCCAACCAGGGAACUGGCCCGCUACCUUUUCAAUGGCCAGCUCUCCCGCCAAGGCUGCUUGGCCUCGACAAGAAGACCUUAUACCCGCCUGCCGGCCCGUUCCGCACCGUGGGCGCCUACGCUGCGUCUAGAGUCGAGGGCCUCGUAUGCGACCGCCCAGGCUACACCUGCUGCGGCAGCCCAAGCACCACCUGUUCCACUGCGGAAGAAGCUCAAGGAGGAAAAGAAGCAGCUCAAGAAAGACACCAGAGGGCAAAAGUCAAAGGGGAGCAACCAGACCGUCGACGGCUGGGAGCUGACCGUGGGCAUCGAGAUACACGCGCAACUCAACACAGCCCGGAAACUCUUCUCGCCGGCCGCCACGUCCUUCAACGACGACCCAAACUCCCAUGUCGCGCUCUUCGACGUUGCCAUGCCGGGCAGCCAGCCGACCUUCCAAAAAGAGACCCUGAUACCCGCCCUGCGCGCAGCCCUGGCGCUGAACUGCGACAUCCAGCCCGUCAGCCGCUUCGACAGGAAGCACUACUUCUGGUGGGACCAGCCCGCCGGCUACCAGAUCACGCAGUACUACGAGCCCUUUGCGAAGAACGGGCAAAUCACACUCACCGCCCGCGAUGGCAUCGCCGCCGAAGACGGCGAGAGCGUCACGAUCGGCAUCCAGCAGAUCCAGAUGGAGCAGGACACGGCAAAGACGCUCGCGCAGCCCAACGACAUCUCCUGGCUCGAUUUCAACCGCGUCGGCAUGCCGCUGAUUGAAAUCAUCACCAAGCCCGAGCUGCACCACCCGCGCACGGCCGCCGUCUUCGUCCGCAAGAUCCAGGUCCUGCUCAACGCCGUCGACGCGUGCGUGUCGGGUAUGGAGACGGGCGGUCUGCGAGCGGACGUCAACGUCUCGGUGCGGAGGACGGGAGACCCGAGCAUUCCGCUCGGUACACGGACGGAGAUCAAGAACCUGAGCACGAUCAAGGCCGUCGAGGACGCCAUCAUCGCCGAGCGUGACCGCCAGAUCCAGGCUCUCGAGGCCGGUGAGAAGAUUGCCAGUGAGACCAGAGGCUGGACGCUGGGGUCGAAAAAUACCCGUCGGCUGAGAGGAAAGGAGGGCGAGGUAGACUACCGCUAUAUGCCGGACCCGGACCUCGGACCGUUGAUCAUUGGCGAGGACCUCGUGAACCACCUACGCAAGUCUGUCAAGGAGCUACCCGACGCCGAGCUGGAUGAGCUCGUUAACGAUUACGGACUCACGGCCAAGGAUGCCGUGUCUCUCAUGUCUCUCGAUAAUGGCGGCCGAUUGGAGUACUUUUACCAGGUUGUAGGCGACCUCGGGUCCCGACUCGCUGAGUCCGGCUCCGCGGAUAGUGAGCUGCAGAGCUACGCCCCGCUCGUCGGGAACUGGAUCCUGCACGAGCUAGGCCGGUUGACCAUCGACAAAGCGGACCCCGAGGCGGGCGAGCGGACACUGGAAAUCACCCCCGAAGGCCAAUGCGACGCUGUCCCCGUCACGGCGCUCUCGGAAAUCCUGUUCCAUCUCAGGAACAAGCGCAUCACGGGCAAAGUGGCCAAGGAGCUCCUGGUGGCGCUGUAUCUCGGCAACCUCGAGGGCUUUGACACCGUCACCGAGGCCAUCGAGGCCCACGAUCUCUGGUUCCAUGAGAUGUCGGACGUGGAGUACCGCCAACUGGCUGAGGCGGCCGUCGAAAACGAGGACAAGGUCCUCAAGGAGUUCGUCACCAAGAAGGUGUAUCCCCAGGGCAAGCUCAUGUUCCUCGUCGGCAAGAUGAUGCGGAUCGGCCAGACUGAGCGGAUCGACCCCGCCAACGCCGAAAAGGCCAUGCGGGACGUCAUCCAGGCGCACACGGGUGCGUCCCAGGACAAAUGA